AUGGCUGGAGUCCUGCUCUUUAUUCUGCUGUCGUUUCUGCAUCAUGGAUCAUUCGGCCUCGUUUCAUCCGGACCUGCUGACGCCUCAGUGAGACCCACUGUUGCUUCUGCUUCAGCUGUGAGCCCCUUCUCUGCAGGAAACACUGUGACUGCUGCAAACAACACUGAACAGCCCUCCACUGGAUCCACAACAGAAAAACCUCUGACCACCAGCAAACAUGUGACUGAGAAAACAGCAGAGAGAAAAGCUCCCGGAAAAGAAGCUGAGGAAGAAGAUGAAGGGCCUCUGGAAUUCGAGUGUCCUCCGCUGGGUCUGGAGUCCCUGAAGGUCAAAGACACUCAGCUGAGGGCGUCGUCCUACAAACGCAGAGGCCUGGGACCUCACCGCGGCCGCCUCAACAUCCAGUCGGGGAUAGAGGAUGGAGACAUCUACGACGGAGGCUGGUGCGCUCAGUACAGAGACAAGAACCAGUGGCUCGAGGUCGACGCUCGGAGGCCGACCCGCUUCACCGGCGUCAUCCUGCAGGGGCGCAGUUCCAUCUGGAGCUGGAACGUGGUGCACACCUACAAGGUGCAGUUCAGCAACGACUCUCUGGUCUGGAAACCUUGUAUGAACGGGACCGAAGAGGCUGUGUUUGAGGGGAACCAGGACUUGGAGACACCCGUCCUCGCCCUGUUCAACACUUCCACUGUGGCUCGGUACAUCCGGAUCAACCCGCAGACCUGGUACCAGAACGGGACGCAGGGAGACGUCUGCCUGAGAGCCGAGGUGCUGGGCUGCACACUCCCAGAUCCGAAUAAUAUCUACGCCUGGCAGACAGAGCCGACUGAGUCCAGAGACAAACUGGACUUCAGACACCACAACUACAAAGAGAUGAGGAAGCUGAUGAAGUCCGUGCACGAGGCGUGUCCUGACAUCACUCGAAUCUACAGCAUCGGAAAGAGCUACAUGGGUCUGAAGCUCUACGUCAUGGAGAUCUCUGACAAUCCUGGAAAACACGAACUGGGUGAACCAGAGUUCCGAUACGUUGCAGGGAUGCAUGGGAACGAGGUGCUCGGCCGAGAGCUUCUUCUCAAUCUGAUGCAGUUCAUGUGCGAAGAAUACAAACGUGGCGACCAGCGCAUCGUCCGCCUCGUCAAAGAGACUCGCAUCCACCUCCUGCCCUCCAUGAACCCUGAUGGCUACGAGGUGGCCUUUAAAAAGGGCUCGGAGAUGGCAGGUUGGUCCGAGGGACGUUACAGCUACGAAGGUAUAGACAUGAACCAUAACUUUGCAGACCUGAACUCACAGAUGUGGAACGCCAUCGAGCUGGAGACGGACCGCUCCAAACUCAUCAACCACUACUUCCCCAUCCCUGAGAUGUACACCUCCGAGGAGGCUUUCGUGGCGUCCGAAACCCGAGCCGUGAUCGACUGGAUGCAGAACAUCCCGUUUGUUCUCAGUGCCAACCUCCACGGGGGAGAGCUGGUGGUCACCUACCCAUACGACAUGACCCGGGACUGGGCCCCUCGUGAGCACACGCCGACCCCUGAUGAGAGCUUCUUCCGCUGGUUGGCCACGGUGUACGCCAGCACCAAUCAGGUGAUGUCCAACCCGGACCGGAGGCACUGCCACAACAAGGACUUCCUCAGAUACAACAACAUCAUCAAUGGAGCCGACUGGCACAACGUACCAGGAAGUAUGAAUGAUUUCAGUUACCUUCACACCAACUGCUUCGAGGUGACGGUGGAGUUGUCCUGUGAUAAGUUUCCUCACGCCAGCGAGCUUCCCAUCGAGUGGGAGAACAACAGAGAGUCUCUGCUGGCUUACAUGGAGCAGGUUCACCGUGGAAUUAAAGGUGUGAUCCGGGACAAAGACACAGAGGCUGGAAUAGCAGAUGCUGUAAUAAAAGUUGAUGACAUCAAUCAUCAUAUAAGAUCAGUUACUGAUGGUGACUACUGGCGGCUGCUGAAUCCCGGCGAGUACAAAGUGACUGUGAGCGCAGAGGGAUACCUCCCCUCCUCCAGGACCUGCCAGGUCAUGUACGACCACUACCCCACCAUCUGCGACUUCCGCCUCACCAAGAUCCCCGAGCAGAGGCUGAAGCAGAUCAUAGGGAAGGGGGGGAAACUCUCCAAGGACCUGCAGCUCAAGCUACGUCAGCUGCGUCUGCGUAAACUCCGGGUCACCACCAAGGCGAUCAACCAGAGGCGUGCUGCUGCAGCCAAACGGGCGAAGAAGGUGUGAUGAUGAUGAUGAGGAUAACAUGAGAACAAAGCAGGACUUGUUCAGUUCACUUUGAGCUCAGAGACAAUCAAGACUUCACUGGAGUCAUGUUACCAUUUUGCUUUUUUAGAUUUUGUUAUUUAAACUUAACACCUGUAGAAGAAAACACCAGAUGUAUGGAAAACUACAUUUUCUGCUGUGGAGCAGCAGCACAACUGUGGGAACAGUUCAUCGUGAAGGACAAGGGGUGAAACGUUUCUCCAGAUUCAUGCUCAUCGAGGUUCAGUUUAGUUUUUACCAAAUGGUUCGGACACUGCUUGAAGGUUUCUGUGUGGAGGUGGCGUCUGUGAUCUUGAGUCGUUAUCAAUGAGCUAAUUAGAUAGCUCAACUUUUAAAUUGCUGUCAAAUUGUUGGAAUUACAGGAUGUCAUUGCAGAAUUCUUGCAAAAUAAAAGCAUCAUGUCCACAAA